UGAAAAAUAUCUGUUUGAAAGGUUGUGAAAAAAAAAGUAGUAUUAUUUUUUUUCAGAAAGAAAAAUAUAAAUAUUGUUCCUAUCUGUCUGCUCCUCUCUUUCAGUUUCUGUUUGUGUGUGUCGUAACAAAAGAGGAAGGGGCACAUACAUUAAUCUUAAAUCAUAGAAAAAACCAAAAAUAAAAACAUAAGAAAAAAAGAAAAAAAAAAAAAAAGAUAAGCAUCAAGUACAAGCAGAAGCAGAGAAUGAAUGGAGUGACACACCUUGAAGAAGAUGAUUCUGAGUUUGUUGAAGUUGAUCCAACUGGAAGAUAUGGCAGAUACAAUGAAAUCCUUGGCAAAGGAGCUUCAAAGACAGUAUAUAGAGCAUUUGAUGAGUAUCAAGGAAUUGAAGUUGCUUGGAAUCAGGUCAAGCUGUAUGAUUUCUUACAAAGUCCUGAAGAUCUUGAAAGGCUUUACUGUGAAAUUCAUCUCUUGAAAACAUUGAAACACAAAAACAUUAUGAAAUUUUACACCUCUUGGGUGGAUACUGCUAAUAGGAAUAUUAACUUUGUCACUGAAAUGUUCACCUCUGGUACACUCAGACAGUAUAGGCUGAAGCACAAGAGAGUUAACAUAAGAGCAGUGAAGCAUUGGUGCAUACAGAUCCUGAGAGGACUUUUGUAUCUACAUAGCCAUGACCCACCGGUUAUCCAUAGAGAUCUCAAAUGUGAUAACAUUUUUAUCAAUGGAAAUCAAGGAGAAGUCAAAAUUGGGGAUCUUGGCCUAGCCGCAAUUCUUCGUAAAUCCCAUGCUGCGCAUUGUGUCGGAACACCCGAGUUCAUGGCGCCUGAAGUAUACGAAGAGUCGUAUAAUGAACUAGUCGACAUAUAUUCCUUUGGGAUGUGCAUAUUAGAGAUGGUCACAUUUGAAUAUCCUUAUAGUGAAUGUACUCAUCCGGCUCAAAUAUACAAGAAAGUUAUUUCUGGCAAAAAGCCAGAUGCUUUGUAUAAAGUUAAAGAUCCAGAAGUGCGGCAAUUUGUUGAUAAAUGCUUGGCCACGGUGUCUCUAAGGCUUUCUGCAAAGGAGCUUCUAGAUGACCCUUUUCUUCAAAUCGAUGAUUAUGAAUAUGAUCUGAGACCUGUAGACAGUGGAGAAUUAGGUGACUUUGGUCCCCUCAUCAGACAGCCGCUCUAUGAUCUUCAUCGAAGCUAUAGUAACUUCAGUAACGAAUACUCAAAUGGCUUUGGUUAUGAAGGGGACUGUUAUUAUCAUCCAGUUGAUAACGAACCUUGUGGAAUUGAACUUUUUGAGCACCAUGAUGAUGAAGAACCCUCUGAACAUGUUGACAUAAGUAUCAAGGGCAAGAAGAAAGACGACGGUAGCAUAUUUUUGAGACUGAGGAUUUCUGAUAAAGAAGGCCGCGUUCGGAAUAUUUAUUUCCCAUUCGACAUAGAGAUGGACACAGCGAUAAGUGUGGCGACUGAGAUGGUUGCAGAACUUGACAUUACCGAUCAGGAUGUUACCAGUAUAGCAGAUAUGAUAGAUGGGGAAAUUGCUUCCUUGGUACCGGAAUGGCAAUCUGGACCAGGAAUCGUUGAAACUCCCCGUUUUGCAAACCAAGGUUUCUGCCGCAACUGUGUGUCGAAUCAUACUUCAAGCGGCUCCCUCAUGGAUUUUCUUUCACACAAUCAGGGUAGCCUUCAACUUCCCGAAUGUUGUAAGCACGGAUGUGCCUCAACGCACGGCCGGUUUGAGGAGAUUACUUUCCAAUCUGAGGAGUAUGACAAUCAUGUUAGAGAGAAUAUGAACAUAGCAAACAUAGCGGAUGGCUUGCAGUAUCUGGGACUAUGGAAUCAGCAUGAAAGCCGUGAACUGAGUCCGGUAGAGUCUGAUGAUCAAAGUCAUUCUGAUGAACAAAAUGAACAAUUAGAUAAAUCAAUAUCAGCUGAAGGUCAAGGACAUAAUAUUUGUGAAAGUAAGUUUCCCCCCAAUGCAAUAAUUUCCCCGAGAUAUUCAUCAGGAACUCGUGAUUUUUCCAAUAUCCGUUCGUUAUAUUGUGGUCUUGACGGUGAUGGUUAUGAGAAAGAGAUCCAAAAGGAACUGAGAUGGCUCAAAGCAAGAUACCUAAUGGAGUUAAGGGGACUUAAGGAUCAACAACUCGGGAUAACAGAUAAAUCUUCUCGUGGCGGUAACGGAGAACACAAAAUAGAUUAUGCCAUUAUGUUACCUUCGUUGACAGAAACAUUCAAAGGAGCCGACAGUGUGAUUCGCUUGCAAUCUGUCAUUAAUAACUGGAGCUCUGAUUUGAGCAGCCGUCCUUGUGUUCAUAAAAGCAGCCCCGAUUCAGACGCCAAAAUGGCCGAAAAUUGUGAGGCGAUGGGAUCCCCCGGAGAAGGUAUGAUGGUUACUGCAAAGAGUUUUUACAGUGGCUCGUUGUUUCCGCACUCUCUGCACAGGACAGUUUCACUCCCUGUUGAUGCUGUUGAUAUAUAAAUUUUAUGAAGCUCUUAUUGAAUUCUUUUGUAGAUUAUACAUAUAUGAGUUUUCACAUGGAGGCUAUCUUGAUUUUUAUAUCACCCCCACCCUGGGUACCAUUGAAUUAAGAUUGGAUGACCAACAUUUUAAUUUAAAUUUUGCAUUUUGAAUUUCAAAUUUGAUUCGCUAAAGUUGAAAUGCGAGUACUUCAAUCUUUA